GUUUUUUCAGGUACCUUUUGGCUUGUUACAGGGACCAGCUAUGGAGAAGUGGAGCUUGAUGACAAUUACUGUUUUACUAGCGCUUACCGUACGCUGGACUGUAUCGCUUGGUUCUUAUUCAGGUGCAGGAAAACCACCUCUGUAUGGAGACUAUGAAGCUCAGAGACACUGGCAGGAAGUUACUUACAAUUUACCCAUCAGACAGUGGUACUUCAAUACAAGUGAUAACAACCUACUGUACUGGGGCCUUGAUUAUCCACCUCUUACUGCCUAUCACAGUUUUCUGUGUGCUUACAUUGCAAAGUUAAUAAAUCCUGAUUGGAUUGCUCUGCACACAUCACGGGGGUAUGAGAGUCAGCCACACAAGUUAUUUAUGCGUACAACAGUGUUUUUCGCCGAUUUGCUGGUUUAUAUUCCUGCAGUUAUUUUAUAUUGUUUUUCCUUGAAGGAAACAUCUACUAAAAAGAAGGUUUCUAGUGCUCUCUGUAUACUGCUUUACCCAGGCCUCAUUCUUAUCGACCACGGACACUUUCAGUAUCCUUAAACCAUGUACAACUCAGUGAGCCUUGGCUUUGCCUUGUGGGGCGUACUGUGUUUGUCUUACGACUGGGACCUUUUGGGGUCAGUGGCGUUUUGCUUGGCCUUAAAUUAUAAGCAAAUGGAACUCUACCAUUCUCUACCCUUUUUUUGCUAUUUACUUGGAAAGUGCUUCAAGAAGGGACUGAAAGGAAAGGGAUUAGUGUUGUUAACUAAAAUAGUUGGGACAGUGGUGCUUUCCUUUGCUGUCUGCUGGCUCCCGUUCUGUACCGACAUGGAACAAAUCAUGCAAGUACUCAGAAGUCUCUUUCCCAUUGACCGAGGCUUGUUUGAGGAUAAAGUAGCCAAUAUUUGGUGCAGUCUAAGCAUCCUUGUAAAGAUAAAGAAUAUAGUAUCACCUCAAACUCAGCUGAAACUCAGUUUUGCUGUAACGUUCCUGAGCCUGCUUCCUACUUGUAUAAAACUAACCGUCCAGCCUUCUGUCCGAGGAUUUAAAUUUGCUUUGGUUAGUUGUGCGUUGUCAUUUUUCCUGUUCUCCUUUCAAGUACACGAAAAAUCUAUUCUUCUAGUGUCAGUGCCAGUCUGCUUAAUCAUCAAUGAAAUCCCUUUUAUGGCUACAUGGUUUUUACUUGUAUCAACUUUCAGCAUGUUGCCUCUUCUGCUGAAGGACGGCCUGCUGCUGGCCUACGCCGUGACGAUGCUGGCGUUCCUGUCGGUCUGCGUGGCUUCCUUUUCCAUUUUCGAGAAGACUUCAGCAGAGGACCUGCACCUGAAACAGUUCUCCCUUUCCCUGAAGGGAUAUGUUUCUUGGUUUAAGUCAUUUCCCAAGAUUGUCAGGAGUCUGUUUCUUCUUUCCAUCACCCUGAUGGGCGUCCUGUCUCUAACGAGCGCUGCGGUGCAUCCUCCACAGACGUUACCGGAUCUGUUCCCUGUAUCCGUGUCUGUUAUUUCUUGCCUACACUUUUUAUUAUUUUUGGUGUAUUUUAAUGUUGUUAUACUCUGGGACUCAAAGAAUAGUAGAAGUCAGAAGAAAAUCAGUUAACUCGUGAAGA